AUGCAACAAGCACCGCCCCAACUGCUAACGGAUUAUUGUGCAUUUUUUGUAAAUGAAUUUUCUGAUUUUCACAAAUUUGAGGCUAGUCCUGCUAGGUUUAAGAUUAGGCACAGAUUCUAUGAGAAACCAAGUCAUAUGCACGUUGAUUCAAGGCCAAACCAACUACUCCAAGAGCGCUUAUUUAUAAACCGUGUAUUGUUAUUAUUUUUAACUGAGCUUUUUAUUUUUGGGAAAACUUUCACUAAUCAGCAUUAUGCAAUGGCUGGAUUAAACAUAUGCUUGGUAAUACAAACUCAAGAUCGCUCCGCUGAUUAUCUUUUCAACUGUAAGAUCGAAACUUCUCCUGUUGUGUGCAAUGACAACCUUUCAGCUGUUAGGUCGGAAACCACUAAAAUGCUGCUUGAGUCUCUUAAUAAGCUAAAGCAUGCAGAUGCUCGUCUUAAGAUGAACCAAGGUGUUCUCGAAGGGGUGGUUGGAGAAGAUCUCGGUAUACUUCCCGCAUUAGAUUUUAUUUUUUCAGCAUUUGUACUCGAAAGGCUUGUCGGAUUCUUAAAAAAUGCAACCAAAGGGAAAGAUAAAGAGGAUGAAAAGUUUGACAUAAUAAUAUAUGAUGGAUUCAGCACUGAUGAAACCCUACGAAUGAUAGGUGCAGCCAGUAAAGCAAGAUUUUACUUGAAAUACCUGAGGAACUUGGCCGAGAAGACUUAUCUUGGGAGACUGGCUGGUCCUUCACUCUUGAGACUAGUUGAUGAAGCAAUAGGUAUAAGUGACAAGAGGUCGCUGUUGAAUGAGAAAAUGAGUGCAGAGAUAUGGUGUAAUAUCCCGUAAAAUUUUAAUUUAUUUUUUUUCGUAAAUUCCGACAAUUUUCCGGUCGUUUUGAAGUAACUUCGAU